AUGUCACCUACAGACAAAAAGUUGGAGAAGGACCAUGUGGAUUCCCCGCCAACCCCGACCACAAACUCGAGCUCUAACAACGGAGAUAAGGGGGGCGUCGUGGUCAAUGCGAGGGCAGCGUGCAGCGUUUGCUGCGUUCGUCAACUGGAACCGUUUUCGGUGUCGUCUGGUGUACACAAUGGCAAAGCGGUACAUCUGGAAGGCGAGUCGCCCUCCUCUGCCGUCAAAGGUCUCUGUCCCAAGUGUGACUCUGAGGUGGACAUCCCGUUGUCCGGGGUAGAAUGGCUGACCACUGACCACUUGGCCCUGGACAAAGUGUUUCUGGAGACGCUGAUGAGCGAAAACUCUGUGGUAUGCGACCUGAGACAGAAGAGGACGUCGACUCACACAGUCGAAUGUCUGGAGGACCUGAAGACCCAGGAUUGUCUCUCUCGGCCCGUCCUGUGUUCCCUCCACCCCGGUCAGGAGCUGCGUCUCUUCUGUGAGAUCUGCGACCUGCCCAUCUGCCUGGAGUGUGCCGCCACCUUCCACCGUGACCACUACUGCCUCCCGACACUUGACGUCAUCGACCGCCAUGGGGACAGUAUCCGGUAGCUGGUUACCGGGCUCCUGCUGUCACGGCUGGACCGGCUGGAGGAGUCGCUGCGGAAGGUGGACCUAUCCCAGGAGGUCUUGCAGGCCAGGAUGGAUGCGACGACGGAUGAGGUGCGUUCCUUUGCGAGGGGCUACGCUAGUGCUGUGGAGUCACACUGCCUGUCGCUGCUACGGUGUUUAGUGGAGCUGCGUCUGCAGUGCAGGAACCAGACCCACCUACAAAGGGCUCAGCUACAGCAGGCCCUGUCAGACGCCUGUGGGGGGAUGGCAUUCACAGAGCGGUUGCUGAUGUGCGGGUCGGACUCAGAGAACCUGAGCGCCAAGGGCGUGACCCUCCGCAGGCUGGGCAACCUGGUGGAGACUGACUACGACCCCCACCCAGCAACCAUCGCCCCCGAUAACGGUAGCAGUAUCUGCUUCCUGCCACGUGAGAGUGCAGGGAAGGUGGGGGGGUACUCGGUGGUGGAGGUGAUCACGCAAAGACACUGGAGCUCAGCAGGUGUACCAUCGAGGGGGAAGGUGAGACCCAGACCAAGGCUUUGUCCUGAAACAACCCUUAGCCCCGCCUCCUACACCCUAUUUCCCUUAGCCCCUACUUCCGAGACAGUUCCACUGUCCCACUUUUAACAGCCAUGAAG